UUUUUUUUUCCCUCUUUGUUUGUUUUAUAUUAUAAAGUGCUGUCACAUUUUAAAAUAUUAAUACAACGAUCAUCACUCUAUACAAAUCCAGUUUCAAUGAAUGUCUUGAUUUAUAACGGUAAUGGCACUUCUGCAACUUCAGUAAAACAAACUUACUUGACAUUAAAAUCCCUACUGGGACAUGCGUAUGACAUUAUGAAAGUGGAUGCUAAUGUGCUCAAGACAGAGCCCUGGGAGGAAUCAUGUUCACUUCUUGUUAUACCUGGAGGUCGAGAUAUACCAUACUGUGAAGACUUAAACGGGAUAGCGAAUAACAAGAUUAGAAACUAUGUGAACGGUGGCGGUCGUUACGUUGGGUUCUGUGCAGGUGCUUAUUAUGCCUCCAAGGAGAUUGAAUUUCAAAAGGGGACAGCGAUAGAGGUGACAGGACCUCGAGAGUUAGGGUUCUUUCCUGGGAAAUGUCUAGGAACCAUGUUCCCUGGAUUUGUUUAUAACAGUGAAAGAGGUGCUCGAUCGAUUUCUAUCCUGGACAAAAUAAAUGGAAAGACAUUGAAGGCUUAUUAUAAUGGAGGUGGUUAUUUUGCUCAUGCAGAUAGAUGGAGUGAUAAAGUAAAAGUGAUUUGUACCUAUCAGGAUCCUGGUUUAUCUAAAGAAGAAAAGGAAACUGCAGCUGGCGUUUAUUGUCAAGUUGGCAAGGGAUGUGCUUUACUAUUUGGUUUUCAUCCUGAAUUUAAUAUUCAAUCCAUAGAUCUGAAUGAUAAUGACAAGAAAGAAGAGAUUGUAAAGGAACUAACAGAUUCUUUACCACUUUGUCAAGCCUUGUUGACUCAAUCAUUAGCUCUUAUGGGUCUUAAUACAAUGAAACAAGACGUACUUACACUUGAAUUAACACCUUUAUAUCUAUCGACUAUUUCAAGAAAUUUAAUGCAAACCUUAAUCAACUCAUUAUCUAAAGAAGUCGAUAGUCAUUCUAUAUUAGCUGACACGAAUGAUAGUUUUCAUAUUGCUCCUAUCUCUCAGAUAGGAAGACUUGAAAGAUCAUUGAAUAAACUUUCAAUUCAGUCUGAAUCAGAGGAGGAGGAGGAUGAUAGAUCAUCUGUUUUUAAACUAUUCUAUCCUUCUUUAACCGAAGCAGAAUCAUUUCAGAUGCCAGAAAAGUCUUUAACACCUUCAUUCGAUUUAAAAUCUUUCUUUGAAUCUUUGAUAAAACGUAGAAAAGAAGAAUGGGGUGGUGGAGCUUGGUAUCGUUUUGGAAAUGCAGUUCUCUGUUCAGAAGUGAUUACGAGUACACAAACCAUUUUAGACAAAAAUUAUAAAUUUACGCAGUGUUUACCUGAUGGUCUCGUAUGUUUAGCUACAAAUCAAAUAGCAGGAAGAGGUAGAGGCCGUAAUUCUUGGGUAUCGCAAGCAGAUGCUUUACAGUUUAGUUUUAUGAUUCGACAUAGUUUAAAUCUAAAAAACGCACCUGUUGUAUUUAUACAAUAUAUUAUUGCUCUUGCCAUUGUCGACAGUAUUCGUAAUCGGCCAGGUUAUGAAAACAUACCGUUACGCCUCAAAUGGCCUAAUGAUAUUUAUGCAGAUUUGCCAUCAGGACUUAAGAAAGUAGGAGGGCUCUUGGUGAAUUCUAGUUUUGUUCAAGAUGAAUUUUCGUUAGUGAUAGGAUGUGGUAUCAAUUUGAAUAAUCGUUAUCCCACAGUUUCCAUCAAUGAUAUUAUUCAAGACCAUAAUCCAAAGCUUAAAAGAUUAGAAAAGGAAGAUGUGUUGGCUCAUGUUUUGAUCACCUUUGAAAAAUAUUAUAUGGAAUUCUGUCAAAAGGGAAUGGGAAAAUGGUUUUUAGAUAAAUAUUACGAGCGCUGGCUUCAUAGCGGUAAAUUAGUAACGUUAACAACUCAUAAUGAUGAAAAAGUACGCAUUGUAGGUAUUACAAGUGAUUAUGGUAUGCUUGAAGCAGUUAGUGUUGAAAAUCCUAGAAAGAGAUUUACACUUCAACCUGAUGGAAACAGCUUUGAUAUGUUGAAAGGAUUAAUUAUUAAAAAAGCAUAAAUAAAUAAAUAUACUUUUAUAUAUGUGUGUCUCUUACAAAAGAUAAAAGUAUUUAACACAGC